AUGGUUGCUGCUCAAUCGACCAAGAGGCUAGCGAACGGGGAUCGUGGCGAUGGAGUGCUGACUUUUAGCGCCCAGCCAUACGCCUUCCAAUUCAACCCUGAAAAAACAGCCCUGGUCAUAAUUGAUAUGCAACGUGACUUUCUACUAAAAGAUGGCUUUGGGUACAUUCAAGCAGGAGAAGCCGGAGUAGAGAAGGUGCAAGCUACUAUCAAGCCGACUCUUGCUGUCUUGCGCGCGUUCCGUGAGUGCGGGCUCCAUGUUAUUCACACCCGCGAAGGCCAUCGACCGGACCUACGUGACCUGCCAACGCCAAAGCUCCUUAGGCAAGCACGAGCUCCAGAGACUCGUCAUUUGAUGGUUAUUGGAGAUGUUGGUCCGAUGGGAAGGCUUCUGACAAGAGGAGAAUACGGGCAUGAUAUUGUCGACGAGCUUCAACCGAUUGCUGGAGAAUUUGUGGUUGAUAAGCCUGGUAAAGGGGGCUUCUUCUCUACUCCACUACACGAACAUUUGGUUGACCGAGGCAUCACACACUUGAUUGUCGUCGGCGUCACUGUGGAAUGUUGUGUGACAACAACGGUUCGUGAAGCGAAUGACCGAGGAUUUGAAGCGUGUAUUCUUAGAGACUGCACGGACGGUUUUGUUCCGGCCUUCAAGUCCGCCGCACUCGACAUGAUCCAUUUUUCAGAGGGUCUAUUUGGAUUUGUUAGCGAGUCAGCUCCUCUUCUUGCUACCCUAUCUGGGCUACCAAUUUACCCGAAGAAUGGUGCCCCCAGCUGGAAUGGUUCGGUCACUUUUGAAGCUCUCAGAAACGCAUACGCUUGUGGUCUUUCCCCGACUACAGUUGUUAAAUAUAUCCUCGAGAAGAUAGAGGCGGAUAGUUCGACACACCCCUCUGUUUGGAUAAGCCUGAAACCAAUGGCUGAUCUUGUGCACAGAGCUGAGAAUCUCGAACGACUGGGGGAUCGUAAUUUACCCUUGUUCGGCAUACCCUUUGCCGUCAAAGAUAACAUCGAUGUUUCCGGACUACCUACAACGGCUGCAUGUCCAUCAUUUCAAUACGUUCCAGAUGUAUCAGCCCGCGUUGUAGAAAGGCUUGAAGCUGCUGGCGCUAUUGUGGUUGGGAAGACAAACUUAGAUCAAUUUGCAACGGGGCUUGUGGGCACUAGAUCUCCAUACGGUGCAGUUCAUUGUGUGGACGACUCGACACGUGUUUCGGGGGGCUCAAGUUCUGGAUCGGCCCUGGCUGUCGCGUUGGGCCAAGUAUCAUUUUCCCUGGGAACAGACACAGCCGGCUCGGGGCGCAUUCCAGCAGCGUUUAACAACAUAGUUGGCCUCAAACCAACGAAAGGAACUGUGUCUACAAGAGGAGUAAUUGCCGCAUGCAGAACUCUUGACUGUGUGUCUUUCUUCGCUAGCACACUAUCCGAUGCUCGAAGUGCGUGGCUUGCGGCCAAAGAAUAUGAUCCUAAAGACCCAUAUUCGAAAAGAUCACCUUCGUUACUUUCUCUGUCUAACAGAUCAUUGCUGCACGAAGAAUCUACUUAUUCUGUCUCGUUCCCUCAUGCUGGUAUCUUGGAAAGUUUGUUGUCCCCUGCGUACCUUGAACACUUUGGCAAAAUUGUUGCUUUGGUUCGAAGCAUGGCUUACAGCGAAGAAGUCAAUUUUGAUUGGUCGUCAUAUUUUUCUGCCUCCGACCUGGUAUACAAGAGUGCUUUUGUUGCAGAAAGAAGCGCCUCUUUACGAGAGUUGUUAAGUGGCAAGGAGGAGGAAAUAACGUUGCAUCCAGUGACAGCGAAGGUUAUAAACCAGGCAAAAGCAAUGUCAGCAACGGAUGCGUUCCGUGAUAUGUAUCACGCUCAAGGAUUAUUAAAAUGCGCGGAGGCCGAAUUUGAUAAGUGUGAUAUUCUCAUUGUACCUACAGCUCCAAAUCACCCCACUAUUGAGGAGGUAGAGCAAGAUCCAAUUGGACCGAAUCUAAAGUUGGGCAUCUUCGCGAGUGCGGUCAAUGUUCUUGACCUUGCGGCGAUUGCCAUUCCCGCUGGUCAUUGCCAGGGUCUGCCAUUUGGUAUAUCUGUCAUUGGUCCGGCUUUUAAAGAAGGGUUUAUUUUGGAAGUGGCACAAAGGAUCCAAGCGCAUUUAAACCAUUUUGCAUUAGACUAG